AUGCCGCGGCGCCGGGCGACUUCCCGCAAGCGGGCGGCGGCCAAGGUCACGAUCCUGCAGGGGGCGCUCGCCGCCGCGGGCUCGGACUCGCGGCAGUCGCAGGUGCGAUCAACGGGGUCGCCGCGCUUCGCGGAGGAGCCAGGGCAGAAGGACAUGCAGGUGGACGAUGACGGCACCACCAUGGAGGCCGCCACCGAGCCGCGGCAAGUGGGGCGCCAGGAGCUGGACAUCCAGAGGGGCAGAGCGAGCAAGCGCGCAGCCGACACGGACCCGGAGAUGUCCGCGGACACCUUUGCUAUCGACACCGAUACCAAGCGGCAGAAGAUCGAGAAGCCGGCCUCGACCUACGGGGAGAAGGGAAAGAAAUCCGCCGCUGGCAAC